AUGCCACAGUUAUUAAUACAAAUCGCUUAUUUAUUCGCUUGUGUUAUAUUUGUGACUAGUCAAGGCUAUUAUUCUCUAAUUGCUCCCGGCUAUAUUAAAUCAAAUCGCAACUAUACGGUACACAUUACGUUGCAUGAAUCAUCCGAACCGGUUAAAAUAAAUAUUUACCUCGAAGGACCCACAUACGGAUUUGAAAAGGAAUUAUUUUUAAAACCAUUUGAAAGUCAGGCGAUAACAUUUCUUCCACCAAAAUUAUCAUCUGGUGAACAUAAAUUAAUUAUUGAGGGGGUAAGCGGUUUGAGAUUCUACAACGAAACGACUCUAAAGGCAUUUGAAAGUGGUGGUCCGAAAAUUUACAUACAAACCGAUAAAGCAGUUUAUAAACCUGGUGAUGUGGUGCAAUUUCGAGUUGUGCUGCUGGAUCGACACACGAGGCCGUUGAAGAUAUCGGAACCAAUAAGGGUUGAUAUUACGGAUGGCAAUGAUAAUCGUGUGAAACAAUUCAAAGAUAUUCGCCUCACCAAAGGAGUCUAUAAAAAUAAAUUUCAACUUUCGGAACACCCUGUAAUGGGAGAAUGGCAUCUGCGAGUCUAUUUAAGUGGUCGUUUUGAUUUCGAGACCACGAAGCAGAUAAAAGUUCAAAAAUACAUCUUGCCCAAAUUUAGUGUCUACAUUGAAACGCAAAGUGAUAUUAUUCUGGAAGAUCCGAUAACAAUAACGGCCCGGGUCUAUGGCCAAUAUACAUUUGAUAAAUAUGUAGAGGGUCAAGUUCGGGCACAACUGGUACAGGUACCCAAGGAUAUUGUGUUGGACGAAAAAGAGUUUCAAAUAAAAGAUCUACUCAAUAUUGAGUUCAAACUCAAUGUUACCGAUCUCAUACGCCAAGCCUGGGGUAUACGUCUGAGAGUCGAUUUAAUGGAAAAAUGGACAGGACAAAUCAGAAAUCAUUCCCAAUUUAUUCGCCUUCAUGAUGAUCCCUAUUUUAUUAAUGUGGAUUCGAAUACCAUUCUAUUUGCCAAAGGUAAGCCAUAUCAAUUGACGGCAAGCGUUAGAACUUGGAACUACGAAAAUAUUGAGGAUAGUAGUACACCUGUGACUAUGCAACAUGGCAGCAGAAAUUAUAGCGCCUAUUUAGAUGCAAAUGGCGAGACCAUAUUUCAAUUUGAACAUGACCCAAAUUCGAAUCAUAUUUUCCGUUAUCAAAAUGCCACUUACACCAUGGCAAAUAUCUAUGCCUAUGAACCGUAUAAGGGUAAUAAGACGGAAACCGAUUUAAAAUUAACUCUACUGGAGACAAAACCCCUUUUAGGUAGACCUGUGCGAAUUGAAGUCAACUCUCCAAAGGAUAUGCCAUAUUUGGUGUAUAGCAUUGUGGCCCAUGCCAAUAUUAUUUAUACGGAAUUCGUUGAUUUACCCAUGAAGCCAAGGCGUCAUGUUAUUGAAAUUAACCCCUCUAUAGAAAUGGUACCCUACGCCUUUGUCUAUGUCCAUUAUGUGGAUGAGGGUAAUUAUCGUUAUUGUGAAAUGAAGUUGACAUUUCCAUUGGAAUUUGAAAAUAAGAUUGCCGUUAUGGCGCCCAAACGUGUUAAGCCCGGCGCAGAGGUAACCCUGGAACUGAAAGCUCAACCUGCAUCUUUGGUGGGUAUUUUAGCUGUCGAUUUGGGUGUUUAUCUAUUAGAUCCAUCAUAUGAUCUGCAUAAAGAUGAUAUACUUGGAUCAUUGCGGGAGGAUGUUAGCGGUCUUCCGUUUUUGGCCUUAGUCUAUCCGGGUCUAUUAUCUGGGGUUAUAACAAUGACAAAUGCUCAUUAUGAAUUUGUACCGUUACAUUGUAAGUAG